ACCGAUGGGCGUUGUUCUUCCAUAAUGAGAUACUUUAUAACUGCAGCGCUGCCCUUCACAUCAAUCUAGUCGGAAGAAAUUGGAACAGUUGUUGGAUUCGGGGAAACUUGCUUUGCGCGCUUUUCUUCGGAAAACCAUUUUUUUGGUGGAAUUAUAGUCACUCUGCAGUCGCACUAACUCCUUCUGACAAGAUGCUGCUCCUACUACUGGGAAUCGUCGUCCUGCACAUUGCAGCCCUAGUCCUCCUAUUUGUGUCAACAAUUGUUAAUGCCUGGACGACAGGGACCACUAGCAGCUCAGACCUCUGGAAUAACUGCUCUACAACCAAUGGAGGAUACCACUGUGACCCGGCCAACACUGGAGUGUGGAUCCAGGCGGUGCAGGCCCUGAUGAUCCUGUCCAUCAUCUUCAGCUUCAUCUCUCUCUUCCUGUUCUUCUGUCAGCUCUUCACCCUCCAGAAGGGAGGACGCUUCUUCCUCACUGGAGUCUUCCAGAUCCUUGCCAGUCUGUUUGUGAUGAGUGGAGCAGUGAUCUAUACGGUGAUGAGUCCUGAGUGGGUGCAUGAUUCAGAGGCCUUUGGCUGGGCCUACAUCAUGGCCUGGGCGGCCUUCCCUCUGGCCCUGAUCAGCGGACUCAUCUAUGUCAUCUUGAGAAAACGGGAAUAAGACCCCUGUUCCCUAACCUCCACCCCACUCUCAGCAUUAACAAUCCCCCCCCCCCCCCCCAGGAGAGUAGAGUCAGAAGCUUGAGGACUGGUUUCUGACUGAGUCCACAGCCGUCUUCACCCAGGUCUUCAUCGUACUGGGAGGUAACACAUGAUGAAACAAUACUGUCAGAAUUUGAAGCUGUAUAUAGUAUCUAUGGUUUAAAGUCUAUUUAUAACACUUUACAUAUGUGUACAUAGUAUUGUUGUCGCUCCGUCAGAUAUUCAGACAAGCUUUGUUUUAGCUGAUAAAUGUUUGUAAUGAUGAAAUAAUUAGACGCUGUGUUGUUGAACAGUUUGAACAGUGUUCACCAAAGGGCAUGUAUAAAAUAGAGCUAGAAGGAUUGUGUAACUGAGCUUGCUUUACAAAAACUAAGUGGUAACAUCCAAAUAAUGGCUUAGAUGUUUAACUUUUUUAAAUUUUGUUUUAUUUUCAACAAAUGGUGCUAUGUAUUUCCCAUUCCUAUUACUGAUAGCCAUUUUCAUUUUACAGUCAAAUGACUUGACUUAUGAAGUAACUAUAAAUGUCAGGGUGAGAAGUAGACUUCAAUGUAAUGUGCCUAACUGCUUCGGUUUAUAGAGACAUGAUUUAGAUUUGUUUUAAAUGAAAGCUUUAGAAACAGUCAACUGAUUGUUCAGCUAAAAUGAGCGUUGGAGUUAGGGUGGAGCAGUCGUUUUUUGGUUGGAAUGUCAGUAUUAGAAUGUCUUGCCAUUGUUCCAUUUGAUUUCCUCUGUUUUAGACAGAGUUCAAGGAUGGAGAACGAGAGAUAAAUGACUGCAUUGACUUAGAUCUGGGUUGUUGUCUUCUCUCUCACUGUAAGGCCAAGCCAUGUUCAUCUGUUUGUAUUUAUAGCAUAUGUAUGACCAGUAAACACGCUAGAUACCAACCUGCCUCUUGGACAGAGUACUGUAACAACUAGUAGGGCAUUGCAGCCAGAUCAAAAUUGAUGUAAGUUUUUAUAUCUGAUUACAUUAUAUAGAUAAUUCAAAGAAGGGCAAGCAAGCUCUGAGGCAGCGUACUCCAACCUGAUCAAGGCAGAAUAGAGGACAUGAUUUCUAGUAUUAGCCUUGCCAUGUGGGAGAAAAUGGACAGUCUGCAGUUGUGAUACAAAUGUUCCGAUUCACUUUUGAAGUUUGACAAGCUGCAGUUUCUGCCACACUGAAGUACAUGUUUUAUCAUGUUAAUAACAUGUCUAUGACUAUUUAGUAUGUAGACUUAAUGAAACAAACCAAAUUGAAAGCUCCUACCUACGGGGGAUUUCUAUGCAUUUCACUAUUUUAUUUAGUGUAUUCCUCAUCACAGCAUAACACUAACACCAUUAGAGCUAUAGUCAAGACCAUUGAUUAAUGUUGAACUGCAUGUAGCGAUUUACAAUCUUAAUAGAUAUGUUUAAAUGGUCCAGUGUCUGCCUUGAGUAUGGUAAACUACUGAAAAGAGGAAGUAAAAAUGUACAGUGCAUGAAAGAGUAAUGUGGGAUCUCUUCUUGUAUUUGGUUGGUGUGUUAUUAAAGAGAAUGCAAAUUCUGAA